GUCGGGUGCCUGACGUCCUCUUAGUUCAAGGAGACGCAGAAACAAAUACGGUAAUAAUAGUAGUCAAAAAAUCAUUCACCACCACCACCACCACUAUCCGAGCUCGUUUUGCGCUGCUGGCAUGUCGGCUGCCGUGACGUGGCUGCAGAACAACCUCGGCAUGGACGUGACAGGGGAGUGGGCUCGCCACAUCCACCUCAACGUAGGCGGGAUCUUCUACACCACACGUCGCCACACCUUACGCAACCUGCGCGAACACCCGCUCUUCGGCUCGAUCCUCUCCGGUCGGGGCCACAAAUGCGAGGACGGCAGUUUUCUCAUUGACGGCGACGGCGCCCUCUUUCGCUACAUCCUCGACUACCUGCGCAACGGCACGCUGAACGUGCCGGACAACUUCCAUGAGUGGGGGAUGCUGCUGCAGGAGGUGCGGCGCUACCAACUACCGGAGCUGGAGCAGCUCGUGCUCGGCUGCUUUGACUAUCAGCGGUGCGUCUUUAAGCGUCAGCUGCCCCAUGGCGUGUACGUGUGGUGGCCAGACACUCCCCACACUUCACCAUCCGCGGGGGCUGUGGACAACGCCGAUCGAAAACCGCCCUCGCAGACAGCACUGCCACCACAUCAUCAUUCAGAGGCCUCCCAUGUGGGGGUGACUCCUGCGAGACGCGCGGACACGAAGGGGGGAAGCGCCGGCUCCUCCACUGCGGCCACCACCGGUGGUAUCGUCGCACCCCUAUCCCCGCCGCUGCCGUCGUUGCCGUCGGGCUCCUACGACUCCUCCCCCCACUCCGCCUCUUCUUCAUGUGUCCGAAUUGUACCGCCGCUGCCGGGCUUGGAGGUGAACGCCACCACCGCUGCUACUGGCGCCAGCGUCACCUUCCGCUCGUCGCAGGUGCUGGUGGACCUGGACCAGCUGGUGACGGUGUUGCUGACGGCGUACGGCUACACGAUUCAGCACUGGGACGAGGCGCACGGGCGUGUGCUGUUGACGCUGCCCGGUGCUCUGUGA